AUCCCCGCUGCCUCCGGACGGAUCCUCUCCUGGAUGGAUCCCCGCUCCCUCCGGACGGAUCCUCUCCUGGAUGGAAGCUCCCCUCUCCUGAUGGAUCCCUUUCUGGGUGGAGGAUCCCCUCAGGCACGGGUGCCUGUGCCUUCGUACAGGUAACAUGCAUGUGUCACUGGCAGAGGCUCUGAAGGUUCGGGGAGGGCCGCUGCAAGAAGAGGAAAUUUGGGCAAUUUUGAAUCAGAGUGCAGAGAGCCUUCAGGAGCUCUUCAGGAAAGCUGACCGCAGCACGCUGGGGUUCGUCAUCUCUCCGUGGUCUCUGCUGUUGCUUCCAUCUGGCAGUGUCUCCUUUACUGAUGAAGAUGUCUCCCAGCAAGACCUGCAAGUCUUUACAGCACCAGAGGUCCUGCAGAACCAUUCCCUGUCAUCCCUGUUGGAUGUUGAAAAGGUCCACAUCUAUUCUCUGGGUAUGGCACUCCUCUGGGGAGCUGACUAUGAAGUUCCUCAAAGCCAGCCUGUCAAACUUGGAGAUCAUCUCAACAGCAUCCUGCUUGACAUGUGUGAAGAUGUCAUCUCUGCCCGUCUGUCACUCCGGACUGUCCUGGACGCUUGCAGUGCCCACAUAAGAAACAGUAACUGUGCCCCUUCCUUCUCCUAUGUGAAGCAGUUGGUCAGACUGGUCCUGGGGAGCCUGACUGGGGUGGAUCAACUCUCCUGCAAUGGAGAGAGAAGACUGCAGCCUGACAGAGGACAGGUGAUUCGUGAGAGGCUGAGGGGAAAAGGACUUCCCACAGGAAAACCCCUGGUGGCCAAAGCAGCCGAUGGACACAGAGCUCCCUUCUCCCAGCAGCCCACACUUCACAAAGGCCUCAGCAAGUCCAUGGGAUCUCUCUUCGUUAGAGAAACACAAGGCAAGGAAGAGUUCUUCCAGGACAUUUCUGCAGAUUCCAGCUUGGGGCAGGAAGAUGUUUCCUGCCCUCAAAGGUGCAGAGCCAUUGAGCUGCUAAGGAAGGGUCACUUCCACGCAGGUGUCGCUCCCAAGCGGAAAGUGGGGGCUUCCUCCUUGGAUUUGCUUUGCAUCACUGAGCAGGCAGCUGAGAGGGAGCAUGCUGGAGGCUGUCAGGGGCACAGCCAUCACCGUGAGGUGUUUCCAGCACGGAGUGCUGCUGCUGCCAGGAGCAAGGAAGCCAGGUACUCCUGUGGCAGCAUGGAGCUGGAUGUCUUCGGGUCGCAAAGCCUGGACCAAGCGCGCCACCUGUCCGAGACAUCGACGGCUGCUGCCAUCGCCAGUGCCUUCGACAGGAUCAGGGAGAGACAGAAGAAGCUGCAGCCCCUGAGGGAAGCUAUGAAUGUAGAAGAACCUCUGAGAAGAUACAAGUCCUACCACAGCGACGUCUACAGCACCUCCAGUGAAACUCUCUCUGGUAUCUCUUCAGAACCAGAUUUCAGGCAAGGGAGAGGAAAUGAAGGCUUCAAGAGAGAUGAUGGCAGUGGUGCUUUGCCAGGUGCUGAUGACAUCUCCACCUCAAGUCAGGCUAAUUCCCAGCGGGCAAGGCCACAGAAAGCAGCCUUUGAGGGCAGUCUGACCAGUCAAGAAGCGAUGCUGAAGCGUCAGGAAGAAGAAAUGAUGCAGCUGCAAGCUAGAGUGGCUCUCAGGCAGUCCCGACCUAACCUCUACACAGGAGAUGCAAUUAGGUCCUCAAUGCUUGACAUCACCAGAGAUCCACUGAGAGAAAUAGCCCUGGAAACAGCCAUGACACAGAGGAAACUGAGGAAUUUCUUUGGCCCCGAGUUCGUGAAGAUGACCAUUGAGCCCUUCGUCUCCUUGGACAUGCCCAAGUUCAUCUUGACUAAGAAAGAGAAGAAUGAUGACAGCAGGCACAAGGUGAAUGUGAUGAUCCUGAACGGGCAGAACCUGGAGCUGAUCUGUGAUACCAAAACCAUCUGUAAAGAUGUCUUUGACAUGGUGGUUGCCCAUAUUGGACUGGUGGAGCAUCACUUGUUUGGGCUGGCCACUUUAAGAGACAGGGAGUUUUUCUUCGUGGACCCUGACAUAAAGCUGAGCAAAGUAGCUCCAAAAGGCUGGAAGGAGGAGCCAAAGAAGAAGAACAAAGCCCCUGUCAAUUUCACUCUGUUUUUUCGCAUCAAAUUCUUCGUGGAUGACCUCAGCCUUAUACAGCACACUCUGACCUGUCACCAGUAUUACCUCCAGCUGAGGAAGGACAUCCUGGAAAACAGGAUGCACUGUGAUGAUGAAACAGCCUUGUUGCUAGCAUCCCUGGCUCUCCAAGCUGAGUAUGGAGAUUAUCAGGCAGAGGUGCAUGGCUUGUUCUAUUUCAUAGUAGAACACUAUGUCCCAGCUAGGCUGCUGAAGAAGCUGGAUCCCUCCUACCUCAGGGAGGAGCUGCCAAAACUGCACAGCAAUUAUGUGGGGGUGUCUGAGAAAGAGGCGGAGUUAGAGUUCCUGAAGCUGUGCCAGAGGCUCACGGAGUAUGGGGUUCACCUCCACCACGUGCUGCCUGAGAAGAAGUCUCAGACAGGAAUCUUGCUGGGAGUGUGCUCCAAAGGAGUGAUGAUCUUUGAGGUUCACUACGGUGCUCGCACCCCUGUCCUGCGCUUCCCCUGGAGGGAGACAAAGAAAAUCUCCUUCAGUAAGAAGAAAAUCACUUUGCAGACCGGAUCAGGUGGCAUCAAGCAUACAUUUCAGACUGACAACAGCAAGACUUGCCAGUACCUUUUGCAUCUCUGCUCUUCCCAGCAUGAAUUCCAACUGCAAAUGAGAUCCAGGCAGAGCAACCAGGACACUGAGGACGUUGCCUGCACAGAAAGGGCCUCCUUCAGGAGCCUGAACCUCCACGCAGAGUCGGUGAAAGGCUUCAGCAUGAGCAGGGCAAUCAGCACCGGCAGCCUGGCCAGCAGCACCCUGAACCGCCUCGCCGUGCGCCCCCUCUCUGUCCAGCCAGAGAUCCUCAAGAGGCUCUCCUGCUCCGAGCUCUCCCUCUUCCAGCCGCGGCAGGGCUCUGCCAAGGACAGGAACGAGAAGACCUCGUGGGAGGAAAGGCCCAGGGUGAUGAGCAAAUCGUUUCACGAUCUGAGCCAGAGCCACAUCUCGGUUUACCCCCCGAGGAGAAACAUGCUUACUGCUCUGGACUCUUCCCGCAAAAGGACUGAGGACCUGAUGGCCAGAGUCCUUCAGCUGAGGUUCAAACUCGUCCCUGGGUCAGCAGGAGUGCUGAAGCUGAACAAUUCAAAAUCUCAUGCAGGUUUAAGUAGAAGCCCUGAAAGAAGGAAAGCUGACUCAGACUCCUCCUCCAUGGAAGAUUCCGGUCAAGCCUGUGUUGGAGGUGUCAGCAUGAACACUUCAGGAGCUCUUUCACCAUCUACCCUGUUAAAGGAGAGUGCAUCAUCUAGCACUGCACACAGCAGCAGUGGGAGCAGGAGUUACCUGAGGAGGCCAUUAUCAGCCCAGGACAACGAGGCAGAGUCCUCUUCCGAAGAGCACAACCACUGCCACGGCCCCCACGGGCCUGCGGCAGGGAGUCUGUCUGCAGGCAAGCGGGACGGGAGCCUGAGCUCCCAGGACUCCAGAACAGAGAGUGCCAGCCUGUCUCAGAGCCAGGCUGCCAGCUUCUUUGGCAAGGCUGGAAGUGGCAGAGCCCAGCAGGAUGCCCAGCAGCACUCUGCUGCCCAGGCUGGGCUCUCGAAACUCAACGAGAAGAGAAGGUCCUCGUCCGGCAGCGUCCGAGCCAAGGCAAAAAGGCCUGGGAAAGCUGAGUCUGAGGAGUACUCUGACCGAGGGGAUUCUGACAUGGAUGAAGCAACUUACUCCAGCAGCCAGGAGCAACAGCCAGCUAAAAAGGAAUCCUCCCCAGCGACUCCAGCCAAAAAUCCCAGCUCUAAAAAUGUUACUGCAACACCUCUUAAACCUGGAGAUAUCUUUGAGGUUGAACUAGACAAAAAAGAUAACACCUUGGGGAUCAGUGUCACGGUACUGUUUGACAAGGGUGGUGUCAACACCAGCAUCAGGCACGGUGGGAUCUAUGUGAAAGCAAUCAUCCCUGAGGGAGCAGCUGAAGCAGAUGGCAGAAUAGAAAAAGGUGACCGUGUCCUCUCUGUCAAUGGCAUUAGUCUGGAAAGGGCUACCCAUAAGCAAGCUGUUGAAACCCUGAGGAACACUGGGCAGGUGGUGCAUCUGCUGCUGGAAAAAGGUCAGCUCUCAGCGGCCAAGGUUCACGCUCCGGUAACCCCCCAGUGCACCCCUCCAAGUCCCCUGAGGCAGCGUGAUCCACAGGAGAAAGCAGCGACUGGGAUGACGCAGGCCAGAGAUUACAGCUUUGUCACUGCAGAGAACACGUUUGAGGUCAAGCUGCUGAAGAACAGCUCAGGGCUUGGCUUUGUUUUCUGCCGUGAAGGCAACCUGAGCCCGGAGCAGCAGGGCUCCACCAUGGUGAGGGUGAAGAAGCUGUUCCCCGGGCAGCCGGCGGCGGAGAGUGGGCGGAUCGAGAUCGGGGACGUCAUCCUGCAGGUCAACGGCACCCCCCUCAAGGGCUUGUCCCAGCAGGAAGUCGUCUCUGCCCUAAGGGGAACGUCUCCAGAAGUGUCUCUUCUGCUGUGUCGGCCGCCAGCCGGUGUGCUCCCUGACAUCGACCCCUCCUUGUUGACUCCCAUCCAUUCCCCCCAGCAAGUAUUCCCAGAUGUCAGCGGAGCAGUGGCCGCUCCAUGCAGCGCAGAGCAAGGCGACAGCUCGGACGAGGGCGACCUCACUGAGCUGAGCAAGAGAAGGCUCAAAUCCCCCUCCCGACGAGACAGCUACAGUGACAGCAGCAGGAGUGGUGAUGAGGAGGGGAUGGAGUCAGCAGCUCAGGUGGGCCCUGCCUGGAGUUCUGCACAGUACCAAGCUGCAGAGGAAGCUGUGACCCCCGCCCAGGGAGGGCAGGAGGAGGCUGUUCGCACUGUCUUGUAUGCUGAGGCAGAGGCUGCUGGCGGCGCAGAGCUGGAGGAGAGUGAUCUGCUGUUGGAUUUGCCACCCAUCCCAACCUGCAGGACUGUUCCUGAGGUGACCACAUCUCUUCUGCUAAAGGAGUCUUCUGCUGCACCUGCUGCUGAGCCAGCUGCACACCUGGCAGGAAUGGAUUCACUCAGCCAGCUGGAGAAGGGCACUGAGGAAUACGAGCCAGAAGCUGAGCUCCGAGUCACCAUGACCAAGUCAGAAAAGGGCAGUCUGGGUUUCACAGUGACCAAAGGCAGUGACAAUGUUGGCUGCUACAUCCAUGAUGUUGUUCAGGACCCUGCCAAGAGCGAUGGGAGACUCCAGCCCGGAGACCGACUGAUAAAGGUGAAUGACAUGGAUGUCACCAACAUGAGUCACACUGACGCCGUCAGCUUCCUCCGCGCCGCCCCCAGGACAGUCAGGCUGGUGCUGGGCCGUGUCCUGGAGUUACCCAAGAUGCCAGUCCUGCCCCAUUUGCUGCCUGAUAUCACUCUGAUGUGCCACAACGAGGAGCUAGGUUUGUUGUUGUCAGGAGGUCACGACAGCCUUUACCAAGUGGUGUACAUCAGUGACAUUGUCCCCAGCUCAGCUGCUGCCAGAGAGGAGAGUCUCCGUGCACUCGAUAUUAUCCAUUACAUUAAUGGAGUAAGUACCCAGGGGAUGACUCUGAAAGAAGCCAAGAGAAUGCUGGAAACACACCUGCCAAAAGUGGUGCUCAAAGCAACCAGAGAUGGCCAUGCAGUGCUUCCCAAAUCCAAAAGCCCUCCUAGCUCUGAGCAUUGGCCAGUCCAAGCUAAUGGCUGCUCCUGUUGUGAUCCCUGUGAUAAAGCAGAGAAGACAGCUGAUGCCUGUGGGCCCAAGAUCAAUGGCAAUGGCAUCCUAGGACCUUCUCAGGCAAACCUAGGAAACAGCAUCCACCACACACAAGGGCUGAUGAGUCUCUCAGCAUCUGGAGAUGCCUCUUCCCUUGGCUUUGCCAAUCAAGUGUCAGAUUGUUCUAAACACAGUGACAAAUCAGAAACAGAGCUUCCAGAUGAUGACUAUUACGAUGAGGAUGACCACAAUGAAGUUGUCCAGUAUCUGCUGGAUGUUGUAGAUGAGGAAGCCCAGAACCUCUUAAAUCGUAGCAGUGAAACUUCAGAGGAUCAGAAUCUUUUGCAGCUGAAGAAGGCUGCAGCCAGAGAUCCCCUGCCAGCAGAGAUGAAUGGAAAGCUGCCAGAAGAUAGGUCUGAAGACACAGACUGUGAUGGAUCCUCUCUGCCUGAAGAUUUUUCUGAGGCAACACCUGUCAAUGGCUGUGAAGACUACUGUGAAGUGAAAGCUGUGCCAGCAAGAUCUCCUCCACCACCUCCCUCGAGCCAAGCAGAUGAAGAUGAAAUCACAUGGGGAAGCGAGGAGCUGCCGAUCGAAUCAGUCAGCCAGGAGCCCCUGAAUGAAGAUUGCCCUUCAGUGCCAAAUGAAGAGAUCUCUGCCCUCCCUACUGUGAAUGUGCUCCCUGGAGGCAAGUACUCAGGAGCCAAACUGAAGUCAGUGAUCAGGACGUUGCGUGGAUUGCUGGAACAGGGAGUCCCUUCUAAAGAGAUUGAAAACCUGCAGGAGCUCAAACCUCUGGAUCAGUGCUUGAUUGGACAAGCAAAAGAGAACAGGAAGAAGAACAGAUACAAAAACAUACUUCCUUAUGACAGCACCAGGGUGCCCCUGGGGCUAGAGGGUGGAUACAUCAACGCCAGCUUCAUUCGCAUGCCGGUGGGCAGCGAGGAGUUUGUUUAUAUCGCCUGCCAAGGACCCCUGCCCACCACGGUGGCAGAUUUCUGGCAGAUGGUCUGGGAGCAGAAGUGCACUGUGAUUGCCAUGAUGACUCAGGAGGUGGAAGGAGAGAAGAUCAAAUGCCAACGCUACUGGCCAGAUGUGCUGCACAAAACCACCAUGAUCACCGACGGGCUGCGGCUGGCGCUGGUGAGGCUGCAGCAGCACAAAGGCUUCAUCGUCAGAGUGCUGCAGCUGGAGGAGAUUCAGACAGGGGAAGUGCGGCACAUUUCCCACCUGAACUUCACGGCCUGGCCUGACCACGACACCCCCUCCCAGCCCGAGGAGCUGCUCACCUUCAUCUCCUACAUGCGGCACCUGCACAGGGCAGGACCCAUCGUCACCCACUGCAGCGCGGGCAUCGGGCGCUCCGGGACCCUCAUCUGCAUCGACGUGGUUCUGGGCCUCAUCAGCAGAGACCUGGAGUUCGACAUCUCAGACCUGGUGCGAACCAUGCGCCUGCAGAGACAUGGGAUGGUGCAGACAGAGGAUCAGUACAUUUUCUGCUACCAAGUUGUCCUUUAUGUCCUAAAUCAUCUCCAACAAGAAGAGCAGCAGAAGGGCACGUAGAAUGCUGCAGCUGGAUGGCUUUUAAACUGAGGGAGCAAGGACAUCCAGAGGCUUUCAUCUGUUUCCUUUCUGCUGCCAAUGUUUUCCAGUCCCUUCCUCCAGCUGCUGUCCAAUGUCUGUUCUCCAAAGCCUCUCCAUCACCCCCCCCCACCACCAAGUAAGGUACAAAGUCUAAAGGAGAAGGGAUAGAUUGGCCAACACCACCACCAUGGACACACCUUGAGGUUUAUUUUGUAUAACAGUAAAUAAUAUUUAAUAAAGCUGCAAAUUUUCUUUU